AUGCUCCCUACCCAGUCCCAGGUCUCCGCCGACAACGCUGAAGCACUCUGUUGGUUCGACAUCACAGUUAUCAACACUGGCGAUCUGUCUGCUUCUCGCAAUCAGCAAAUACCUCGCAGACGUCUGUAUGCUGUGGCUCUACAGGCACCAAAUCGACCUUCUUCAGUCACGAUUACGUCCCAGCCUCCUCCCAGUGCAGUCACUAUUACGCUCAACUUACAGCGAGACGAAGACGAUCAAAAGCGAUUCCACAGGGCCGCAAUCAAGUCUUUCGGUGCCGUUGCCCAACUUCGAGAAGACGGAUUUAAAGCCACCCUCGCCGUUCUCGCUAUAUCGUCUAAGCCGUUGUUGCUGUCACAUGAGGCAUCGACGUCGUCGUCGUCUCAGCUUCAAUUGCUAUUGCCCGUGAUGUCGAGGUGGUUCAAUUGA